CACUUUAGAUUUGAAGUAUGUGUCCCCAUUGAGGCUAAUAAAGGUGUUAUGCGCUGGUUGAGUUCAUACUGUACGACGAGAUCCAGGUACGAUUUGAUGUUUAAUUUACGCUUGCAUUGGUCCAAUUUUUUUCCGACCUUCAGUCCGCUUCGACUAGACUGUCUAUAUUUUUUUCUUUUUCAUUUUUUUCAUUUUUAUAUUAAUGUCAACUGUCUACUCUUUCUAAUCUAAAAAGAUGGAGGAACAAGCUUUCCAUACAAAAGCAUUGUCAACCCCAGUGCAAGACUAUAUUCUUCAAAUGGAUCCCGUUGACACCACUGCUUCUACUCCCUCACCUGUUCAAGCCAAAAGAAACGAUGAUAUGGAAGUCUGUUAUCCUUAUCAUCAUACAGACCACCAUUCAACUAUCGAGAUAGAUAUACUAAAAUCAUACCUUAAGCCUGAUAUCUCGACAACAACAAAAGAAGAAUUAGAACAAGAACAAGAAGAAGACGGGGAAGAAAUAGACCAUCAAUUAACAGCUCGACUAGAUGAUUUACUUGAAUUUAGCAAUGAAAAACCUUCUCCUCACCGAAGAUACAGUAUGUAUGGGGACAAUAUUCGGGAUCCAUCUCAAGUCAAUAAAAAUAUUGAUCGCUACACUUUCUAUUCCGCUGAUCUCGGCUCAAUCAAAAGUCUUUCUUUUCGACAAUUGCUCAAUAUUGUUUCCCCACAAAAAGGACAAGAAGCCAAGACAGUGGCAGACCUUUUGAUAGAGACAACCAGUUGGUGGAUUGAUAUCUUUGCACCUUCAAAUGAGGAAAUGAGAAAUAUCAGUAAGAUUUUCCGAAUUCACCCUUUGACAACCGAAGACAUUCAAGCACAAGAAUCUCGAGAGAAAUGUGAAAUAUUCCAGAAUUACAUGUUUAUCAGUUUUAGAAGCUUCAAUCAUGACUUCCAUAGUCCAGACUAUCUUGAAGCAGUUAACUUUUAUAUCAUUAUUUUUAAAGACGGUGUCUUGACAUUCCGAUUUCAAGAUUUGCCUCAUCCUCAUAACGUACGUCGUCGAAUUCAUCAAUUAAAAGACUUCAUUCGUGUUACCCCUGAAUGGAUCAACUAUGCUCUUAUUGAUAAUAUCACCGACAGUUUUGCCCCUCUUAUUCAGCACACAGAAUUAGAAGUAGACUCCAUUGACGAUCUUGUGCUUGUGCUGAAUGGAUCAGAACAGAAUGAUAUGUUGAGGCGUAUUGGCAGUUGUCGAAAGACAGUCAUGCAACUCUUGCGUCUAUUAGGUCCUAAAGCAGAUGUUGUUCGAAGUCUGAUUAAGCGUUAUGAUGACAAAGUAAAAGAAGCCAAUUAUAAUACAAUGCGACUACGGGAAUCUCAUUCCAUGACCAAUUUAAACACACUUGAUCAAGAACAAGACGAGCUUAAGGUUCACCAUGAAGUAACACUUUAUCUUGGUGAUAUUCAAGAUCAUAUCUUGACCAUGUUACAGAAUGUCAACCACUAUGAUUUGAUUCUCGGUCGUGCCCAUCGAAAUUACAUUGGGCAAAUCUCCAUUGAACUCUCACAGGCUGGUAAUACAACCAACGAAGUCAUCAAUCGAUUGACCUUUUUCGCCACGAUUAUUGUUCCUUUGAAUUUGGUGGGUGGUUUGUUUGGUAUGAACGUCCAUGUACCUGGACAAGAUGAAGCAGAUUUAGUAUGGUUUUAUUGGAUUGUUUUAGGCAUGUUAAUCUAUGUUGUAGCUAUGGUUGCUGUUGGCAAAAGAACAGGCUUUCUUUAG